GACCGGGCGUAUUGGUAAGGAAGAACGCACCUCUGAAAGUGAAGCCAUCGAAGUGCAGUAAUUUCUUUUUCCUUUUUUCAAAGAUGGAGAAAGCUUUGAGAGUUUAUGCUGAGAUGCUAAGGCUGGUGAGGCGCUUACCCAAAGACUCGAGGCCUUACUACGCUAAAUACGCCCGCGAGAACUUCGUCAAUUAUAGGGACUUCGACGCCUCCGACUCCAAAGCCCUCGACGAGCUCUUCCACCGCGCCUACAAUCACUCUCUUUGGGUCCUCAACAAGUACUCGGUGAAUGAAUCAGCUGCCCAAAAGUUGAAGGAGAUAUGUCUCAUGGAUGAAAACGUUUAAUGCCUACUAGGUGUUUGUUGUAAUGCUCAAACGAACUUCGGAUACGCUUUUUCUUUUUUAAUGCAAAUAAGUGUUGGUAUCAACGUUAUUGGCUGUUUACUGCUCUGAAUAUUAAUAUGCUGCAAUGUUGGCUAUAAAAAUCUGUUUUCUAUCCAAAGUUUCUCUUGGAUUGAAGACUUAAUGUUGAAUA